CACUGGAGCCAGGAAUUAAUAGGCUCAUUCAGAGUCGAAUGAGACGUCUUAAUUACCACACUUGUGAAAACUGGGGGGGUGGGAGUGGCAGGGGGAGGGUGCUGCCUUUGAUCCCUGCUCAAGUGAAUCACAAAUGAAGAAGGGAUCCCCUUCAUAAAUAGCAGAGCCCAGCUCCAGAGGCGAGUGACAUCAUUUCCACAGGCACAUCUCCAGCUCGAGCCGCACAGGAGGACAAAGCAAGGCACACUUUCUUUGGGACCUGCACACUCCUCUCACUUCCAGCAGCUGUGAAAGUAGGCUGCAGCAGAAUCUGUUGCUGUCAGAGCCAGGUUACUUGCCAUUCUUUUGGAUUUGGGAAGCAUAACGAGGCCAUGAAGGGCCCCUUCUCCAUCGAAUGGUUGUCCCAGAGCAGCCGUGAUACAGCCAGCCAGACUACGAGGACCUCGGCUGGAACGUGGCCUUCCAGCGCCCAGGCGGGCCUGUGCAGCUCCAGUACCGCACCAGAGAGCCUUCCUGGCUUCUACUGCAGCAAGAGGGAGGCCGGUGCAGACGCCCGACAGACGGCACACGGCUCUCCCAGCGCCCAGGGCCAGGGCCCCAGCUCCAGUGCCCAGAGUGCACCCCACAACACCCAGGCAGAGGUAGGCUUCAGCAGCAGCGCAGACGAGGAGGAGACGUCAGGGUACGAGAGCGAGGGCGGGGGCUCCCCCUCGCGGGCCGUGGCUGAGAACGCGGCGGCCGACUCCCCCGCCGCCAGCCGCCGGCCGCGUACAGCUUUCACCGUGGAGCAGAUCAACCGCCUGGAAAAAGCUUUCAAAAAAAACGCAUACCUUGGCAGCCACGACAAGGCAGAGCUGUGUCAGAGACUGCGGCUCUCCGACAAACAGAUAAGGAACUGGUUCCAGAACCGGCGAAUGAAGCUGAAACGGACCCUUCAGGAUGCCCUGGCCCAAGCCUGCCAAGCGAAAGUCGCUUCACAGCUGAUGCACUACCCCGAACUGCAAGCUUUCAGGUCGUCUCCAUAUCCCAACUACUAUCCUGUCCAGGAAACCACAGCCUCUUACCUACCUCCAUCCGGCCUGCACUACACCUCAUCUCCUGCAGUGGGCGCCAUCCCUGCUUUGCCUGUUGACUCUCUCUACCAGUUCAGUGGUUUACCCUGCCUGGUACCACCCCCUGGAGGACCCCCACUCAUGCCUUACCAGCCAUACCCUCCUCAUUACUAAAAACACUGGGUUGUGGCUGUGUGUAACUCUGGGGGCCUGUAUCAAGAAGCUGGAUUUCUUGCUUAUCUAGAUGACUUGUCAGAUUUAAGGUAUACCAGGUUAGAUAGACUUUAAUUUUGUUAGUUUAUAAUUAGCCCAGACUACCUUAAAUCUGACCGAUAAUCCAGUCAAGCAAAAAAUCUGGCUUUGUGAUACAGGCCCCAAACCUUGUUGCUUUUACCAAUACAUUUUAUUUGUAAAGUAAUGUUAUAAAAAAGAGAUUUAUUGAUGUAUUAGUGUGAUCUGAUUAUAUUUUCCAGUGCAAUUCAGCACUGUGGUUUCUGAUAUUUCUUGUGUUUGAAAUUCCCAUGUGUGCAAUGGACAAUCUCAGCCUAUUUAAAAACAGAAUUGAGUAUACUGUUCAGCAUGUAAUUCUUUCUCUUACAUUUAUUUUUGUUGUAAUGUUGUAUUUGCUAUUUAAAUGCUAAUUGUACAUAGUUAUUCAGUGUCCCUGUGCACGGAAGUAAACAUUUGCUUACAAUAAAAAAAUAUACAUUUU